GGCAGCGCGGCGCGUCCUGUAAUGGCGGCGGCGGGCAGCUGCGGGCAGCCAUGGUGCGGAUCACUGAAGAUCUUGUUAGAAGACGUGCAGAACAUAAUAACUGUGAAAUUUUUUCACUGGAAGAGAUCUCUUUACAUCAGCAGGAAAUAGAAAAAUUAGAAUACCUUGACAAAUGGUGUCGGGAUUUGAAAAUUCUCUAUCUUCAGAAUAACCUAAUUCCGAAAAUUGAAAACGUGGGCAAGUUAAAGAAGCUAGAAUAUUUAAAUGUUGCUUUGAACAAUAUUGAAAGAAUUGAAAAUCUGGAAGGCUGUGAAGAACUGAGGAAGCUUGACCUGACAGCAAAUUUCAUUGGUGAACUGUCCAGUGUCGAAACCCUCAAAUAUAACAUACAUUUGAAGGAACUGUUUCUAGUGGGUAAUCCUUGCACUGACUUUGAAGGUUAUAGACAAUUUGUGGUGGCAACACUUCAUCAAUUAAAAUAUUUGGAUAGUAAAGAAAUAGAACGUUCGGAGAGGAUUCAAGCACUUCAAUCCUAUCCAGAAGUGAAACAGAAAAUCAGAGAACAGGAACAAGCUUACCUUCUCAAAAGAGCCAAAGAAAAAGAAGAGGCUCAAAGAAGGAUGCGUGAAAGAAAGGAUAGGAAAGAAAAACAAAUGGAAGCUGAGCUUGGACUUGACAGCCCAGACUCCCUACAAUACAAAGAAAAUCAUCAGACAGAAGGAGAAAGGGAACAACAAAUGUGGAGAACAGCUGAAGAUGAUGAAGAAGACAGAAGAUUUUGGGAGGAGCCAACACCAUAUACUCCAGAAUCUAGAUUAGAAACUCACAGAUAUAUUGAAGAAAAAAGGAAAGCGAAAGACAAUAUAAGAGGAUCAAAAAAGAGAGAGAAGCCUCUUCCAAAACUGGUCACUGCAGAAGGAAAAGUUCUGAAUAUCAAUAUGCCUAAGCUUCAUUUCUCUUUGAAAGAUGAUGAAGAAAACAAUCAGUUCAUCUUGGAUCUUGCUGUUUACAGACAUCUGGACACUUCUCUGCUUGAUAUUGAUGUCCAGCCAACUUACAUACGAGUACUGGUGAAAGGAAAGACAUUCCAACUUGUGCUCCCUGAGGAAGUGAAGCCAGAUAGCAGCUCUGCUAAAAGAUCACAAACAACUGGUCAUUUAGUUGUCAGCAUGCCAAAGGUUAAAGAGAUAAUCCUGGCUAAGCAAAAAUUAUCAACUUCAGUCAAACCUUCUAACAGCAACACAACGCAAAAAAGUACAAGAAGCAAACAAGUUGAGAAAUUAGAGGUGGAUCCUAGUAAAUAUUCAUUCCCAGAUGUGACGAAGAUAAUCCCAGAAAAGGAACAAAUUGGACAAGGACCUAUUAAGCUACAGCCAGAGAAGAUUAAAGAGACAAUGAAAAAAAAGAAGAAUCUCAGAAAUAUUCAGCUCCUCUGAAGUUAGUGAAAAUGGCCACUGGGAAGAGAGAACUUAGGUUGCCAUAAUCUUGGGAUCCAGUCUGAAAAUGAUGUUUUCUGAGAAUCAGCAUUGGUGAAAGUUUCAGUGUGUGUAUGGGCCAUUGAGAACGCAGGCAGCAGAUGACAGUUGAGGAAAGCGUACAAGCACAAGAUGAGGUCUGUCACACAGUACACAAUAAACACACAUCACAAAGUAUCAGCUACUGAUCACAAAGGUAAUGCAACCUCAAGAAAAGAAAAUAAAAGAAUCUUCUUCAAAACCACAAAAUGGGAUGCAAGUUUUGGAUUUCCUAAGUCAGAAGAGAGUUUUGUUGAUGCACAGGAAUAGCUUAUUUCCUUUAGAAGCCUUUAGAAGGAAACAACGAAAGCGGUGGCCAUAGGAACACUUUUGCAAUAGAGAUGAGAAGUAUUUGCAGGGCUAACACAGACAUAGUAUCCAGGUACUGCAUGGAGCUUGUUCAAAAGCAGCUUUUCACACAAAGAUGUAGUAUCACUUUUGUUACUGAAAAGUAAUCAUAGCAGCUGACAUCAAUCCAUCAGUCUACUUUUAUGUCCUACCUUUGGAGACUGUUGAGCUUUGGCAUGAACACUGCACAACCAUUGGAUUGAGACAGAAUUUGUUUCCAAGUGUGCUAGAGAGAGGAAGCAAGAAUGCCAAAUCUUUCAUCCCAAAAAUAUAAGGUAGCUGGAUAGCAGUUGUAUGACCCAUUCCCCAACCCUCCAGCAACUCCUGUUAUUGUUUAGUCAUAAAUUAUUUCAUAAUAGUUAAAUUUCUUCUGAUAUAGAAUCACAAGCAACAAGUUGAAGCUUAUUGUUCUCAUUCACACUGUGUUACUGACUUGGUAUACAACUGUCUCCCUCCACUUCUGAUACACUCAUGAAGUGUAUAAGAAAAAUCUUGGCAAAACUGAAAGCCAGGAAAGCACGUUAGGAAUUAUUAUGGACGAAAGGCAAGACAUCAUUUUAGAAAAUAGAGCCUACUCUGAGAGUGACAGUAUGUUUUGUGUUUACAGAAGCAGAAAUGACCAGACUAUUAAUAGUGGUAGGGGUAUUGGUUAUUAGCUGCUCUUAAUUGCACAAUCGUGCAUUGAAACCAGACAGUAUUUGGGAUUAUUGGGAACUGCCCAACUGAGAUCUCUCUGAUGUAAGCUGUACCAACAGCUCUUGCACCAAACAUCUUACAGUCAAAGCAUUAGUAGAGACACACAGUACAUAAGGCCACAAAACUGUUUACUGUACCAUCUUCAGAUUUUUAUGAAUUAGCUCAGCUGGUUUUAAGACUUACUAGCAUUAGAAAGAGCAGAGAAGAAAUGGAAAUAAUAUCCCCUGCUGAUGCAACCGCUGGACAUGUUACUUCUGUUCCUUCUUUCUUUUAACAUAAAGUCCGAUAGAUUGGACAUAGCCACUUCUGCUUUUCUGUUUUUCUGCUUUUCUCUGCUCAGGCAACCAUCCAUCCUGGCCUUGAACACCUUCAGGAAUGGGACAUCCACAGCUUCUGUGGGCAACCCGUAUCACCCUCUGAGUGAAAACUUUCCCCCUAACAUCUAAUAUAAAUCUCAUCAGGUGAUCUCAUUAUUAUUUUGUUGUUAUUCCCAUAAAUCUCAUCAGGUGGUCUCAAACGUGCUCUUCUCUUACAGUGGGAGGCAUUUUGGUUAGAGGUUCAAGGAUGUGAGAGGUGUGGGAAGCCUGAAUGGCAGUGAAGGUUGGGACAAAUAACUUGUUGCGUACUUCAGCCUCCUUCAUGUCCAAGGAAACCAGUAAUGCUGCAGCUUUGGUUGGUCUGUCCAGUACCUAAACUGGGGAGUUAGGAUAUCCUCAAUAGACUCCAGGAGUCUCCUGGAUUGCUUGCAGCUUGCCGUGUUGCUGUCCCAGCAGACGUCCAGGUGAUUGAAAUACUCCAUCAGGAU